GUCAAUAUCCUUGCAGACGGCCAUGGGCCGUGGGUAACAUCCUUGCCGUGGGUAACAUCCUUGCAGAGUGGCCAUGGGCAGCGCCCUUGCAAAGCAGCCGUGCGCAGUGUCCUUGCAGGCGGCCGUGGGCAACGUCCUUGCGAUGGGCAACGUCCUUGCAGAAUGGCCAUGGGCAACGUCCUUGCAGACGGUCGUGGGCAAUGUCCUUGCCGUGGGCAACAUCCUUGCAGAUGGCCGUGGGCAACGUUCUUGUAGAGCAGUCGUAGGCAACGUCGUUGCAGAUAGCCGUGGGCAACGUCCUUGCAGACAGCCAAUUUUCUCACAGCAGAAGCAACUUGCAGUUUUUCGAGUCGCUCCUGACACACAAAAAAAGCCCCGCAUAUGCUUCUGUUUCAUAUUGUUUUCCCAGGCUGCAUUUCCAUGCAAUGUUUACAUUCUGCAGCACUGCCCUAUUCUCCUCCAGUCCACCAGGCGGUGCCUCUCCAGGAAGGGAGCGAUGCCAUACUCUCUUCCCUUCAUAGCUCUGUGGAGCCAAGGAGGCAGCACUUCCGGAGAGUGGGGAGGGGUCUCCUUAAAGGGGCAAUGCCAGCAGAACAUAGGGAAGGGAAGCAGCCAUGAUUGUGGUCCCUGGGUCUGUGGUGGUCCCCGACUGGCACCAGACCCAGGAGGGCAAGGAGUACCUGGGGACCCUCCUGCUCCGCAAACAGCGCCGGGCCUUUGGGAUCCAGACGUCCACUGUUUUUUGGCCCGUGAAGCUGCAAGAGAGUGGUCGAGCCCUCUUUUUCCGCUUCUCCUUCUGGGAUUGUGGGGAGGCCGCCCUCAAGAGGUUCGACCACAUCUUGCCGUCCUGCUUGGAGAAGGCCGACGCCGUGCUGCUCCUCUUCUCCUUCACAGACCGCUCUUCCUUCGAGGACCUCCCGCAACAGGCCUCCCGGGUGGUGGCACCGGCAACACAGGUCUCCGGAAGGGCCCCACUCAAGAUGGUGGUCGGCACCAAUUUGCCCACUCGGACGUGACGGAGGCAGACCUGUCGGCCUUGGGCCACUCCUGGGGGCUGCCCGUCCUGCGGGUCAAGAGCCUCGCCGGGCGCCGGGCCGGACUCUCGGACGUAGCACCUCUCCUCAACGGCCUGGCCGAACACCUUUGGCGCCAGGACCAGGCCGACGCCGGACUCCUUCCUCCGAAUACAGCGUGACCCAAUGGACCAGGAUCUCCAGUGGUUGACCGCUGGGCCGAGGCCUGUGUCCAGAGGCUCGGGAUGUGACUUGGACUGCGAGGACAUCCAUACAAUCCCCGUAUCUCCCUUUCCCUCUCUGCCCCUGGGAACCAAUAAAGGCCUUGCAUUCUGAGGUCAACAGUCAAAA